AUGUCGGGCAGGAUAGAAGUGCACUCGCUCAGCUCGACACUACCACCGUCUCAACCGCAGCCACAACCUCCUGCUGUGUCACCUACAAAAGAGGAUGCUUGUGUCGCUCCUGCGUCACGUCUGGACCAACUAGACUCGCCAGCCGAGGGAAACGCCAUGCAAAAGAGAAGUAGAGAAACGUCACCCUUGAAACCACCAAGAGAAGAAGAAGAAGAAGAAGAAGAAGAAGAAGAAGAAGAAGAAGAAGAAGAAGGAGAACAGGAAGCGUCAGCACCAGUUAAAAAAAGACAUCGACCAGCACCUUUGAAAUCGUUACCGAAGAUUGGCCACGCAGAAGUAGGGUUGAGAAUCGUUAGCCCCGGUUUACCCCCACUAAGCCACGAAAUGAAGUCAACGGUGCAGCUACUGCAUAAGAUCCAACAACAGCAACGCAAUUUGAUUGCCUCGCGCCAUCACGGUAACGAUACAAUUGACUCCGACGAUGGACAACCGCAGCAGAUCAAAAUUGAACACGUGCUGAACAGCAAAGAUGCCCCGAAUUCAGCCUCGUCUGUGUCUUCUAUAUCUUCUUCAUCAGCAGCUCCUUCAUCAUCGCCGACUUAUGCGUUGGACGAUUCUGAUCUUGACCGAUUGGCACAUUUAAAAGACAAGAGAUUGCGGAGAAAGAAUGUUCCUGCGCCGUUAAACAUCAACACUGCUUCAACUCAUGCACCGUUUGCUGCGCCUUCGAUUCAUUCAGCUCCAAUCAGGACAAUGAAUAGAAGAAUAGUGCACCAACAGUAUCGUCCUCAUCUACAAUUCCCACCCAUGCGACAGCAUUUCCAACAACAACAACAACAACAACAACAACUUGCUCAAUUGCCACCAAAUGUAGUAUACAGAUUCGGCAAUUCCUAUGUCACGUAUAACACCAGGCCACAACUUCCCAUGAGAGUUCGAAUGAUGCCAGCUACAACAACAGGCGCGACAACAGGAGUAACAACCACAGCAGCCAGCGCAACGAUGCCCCAUUUCCCGCUCCGCAACCCGGCACUAAGACAGCAGCAACAACAACAACAACAACAGCAAAACAAUAGAAGUGCACAAUUUAGACCUGGUGCCGGUGCAGUAACAGACGUAUUCACAGACCACCAUCAGAAAAUAGCCCCGCUCUCGUCACAGCCACUCAGUGCACAACGGGAGUUCUUUCGCACCGCUGGUAUCAACAGCAAAAAGCCCCGCGUGCCAUUUUACGAACGAGACGAUGUGCAGAGUGAUAAUGAAGACGUCACCGAGGAGGAAAUGCGCGAGAUGCAAUUAAAACAUGAUAACGCUACAAAGACGGUCCCGCAGAACCUCUCCGUUCCAAUGCCUAUCACCGUGGGUGGUAGUGGCAGAUCACCGGGGGAAGAAGUGUUUGGAAGUAUCAGUUUCAUGAAUGAAAGUUUAUUCAACUUCAGGAUCUUUGAAAAGAAGAGAUCGCAAGUUGGAAGUGGAGACCGAGGUGCUGGUGCUGGUGCUGGUGCUGGAGGUGCUGGUGCUGGAGGUGCUGGUGCAGAUGAAGAGAUGGAAAAAAUCGCAUUGCUGAGUUUCGGCUCAUCGAGUUCGUCGUCGAGUGCAGCUUCGAGCUCGACGACUUCGGAGUCGUCUACCGCCAUCACUGGCGCUAUCCACGACGUCACCCACGACGACAAUGGCUCGAAUGGAGAAACUGAAGAGCUGAAGGAUGGCGAUGUUGCUGAAGAUGAGCAACAUUGGCUAACUUACGAAAAGGAAAAAUUCUUGAAAAUUUGCGCAACUUGCUGGGAUGAGUUUGUCAAGACUAGAAGUCACCAUUAA